CAAGUCAUGUGGCUCCGUUCCCUGGGGAUCGUGCUCAGCCUGGCCCUUCAUGCCUCCUCUCUGGAUAACGGGCUGCUGAAGACGCCGCCGAUGGGCUGGGUGCCCUGGGAGCGCUUUAGAUGCAACACAGACUGCAAGGCAGAUCCGGAGAAUUGCAUCAGUGAGCGCCUGAUCAAGGUCAUGGCAGACAGGCUGGCCAGCGACGGGUGGAAGGAACUUGGCUAUGUGUAUGUCAACCUGGAUGAUUGCUGGGCAGCGGAAAAACGGGACGUGCAAGGGAGGCUGCAGGCCCACGCAGAGCGGUUUCCCAGUGGCAUUAAAGCCCUCGCUGAUUACGUCCACUCCAAAGGUUUGAAGUUUGGCAUUUACAGCAACCUGGGCAACGCCACCUGCGCAGGCUAUCCCGGGACGACCCUGGACUCGAUCGAGACGGACGCCAAGACCUUUGCCGAGUGGGGGGUCGACAUGCUGAAGCUGGACGGCUGCUUCUCCAACUCCUCCGUCAAGGCGCUGGGCUACCCCAAGAUGAGUGCGGCACUGAACCGGACAGGGCGGGCGAUCGCCUUCUCCUGCAGCUGGCCAGCCUACGAAGGGGGCCUCCCCCCAAAGGUGAAUUACACCGUACUUGGCAAGACAUGUAACCUGUGGCGGAAUUACAUCGAUAUCCAGGACUCCUGGGACACCCUCCUCCGCAUCAUCGAGUGGUACGGAGACCACCAGGAGGUGCUGCAGCCCGCGGCCGGCCCGGGCAGGUGGAACGAUCCCGACAUGCUGAUCAUCGGUGACUUCGGCCUGAGUCGGGAGCAGGCGAAAGUCCAGGUGGCCCUGUGGGCUGUCCUGGCGGCCCCCUUCUUCCUCUCAUGCAACUUGCGGACCAUCUCCAGAGAGGCCAAGGACAUCCUGCAGAACCCACUGCUGAUCUACAUCAACCAGGAUUCUCUGGGGAUUCCAGGCAAGCGCAUUGCCAAGGUCCGCUCCUUCGAGGUGUGGAAGAGGCCCCUCGUCCACGGGCAGCUCGCCGUGGCCAUCAUGAACAACGGCACGGACGGGGCGCCCAAGCCCUUCGCGACGACCCUGCGCCGGCUGGGCGUCUCGGGCUGCAGCAGAGGCUACCGGGUCUACGACGUGCUGGGCAAGCUGUCCAUGGGGACGUACCGGCUCCACGAGGCCCUCAAGACCACCGUGGCCCCCACAGGCGUGGCCCUGCUCUUCCUCUGGCCUGUCUGCUGA